CACUGAAGGAAACCGUCUUCCUUCUACAUAUCUGCUGUCAAACAUGUCACACGGGACGGAUCUGACGGCCUGUCUCUCGGCAGCCUUCUUGCUGCUCAUUAAUGUUACCGUACCCACCGUGUCUUCCUCAGAAAGUUCUUCAUCCAGCGCGGUUAUCCAACCAAACCCGAGUAUUAUCAUAGAUGAGAGGGAAGAGCUGGCUCUAGCGGGGACCCCACAAAUCUUUGUGGCCCUCACAGACGUGGCUGAGGACACCCUCACAACUACCAGAGCAUCAACUACAAAACCGGAUACUUUAAUUACCGCAAUAAUACGUACUACUACCAAAAGCAAGACCACGGAGAUCUCAGUGACCACGCCAGCUAUCAGAACUACAGCCGUUACGACAGGACCUAGAAAACCCAUAGAUGGAGUCACCAAGAUGGCGCUCGGUUCAACGAGUGAGACCACAACAGCCUCAAGUACAAAGUCAAUAACACAUGUUGUGGAACCACUACACAUAGAGACUACAGCUACUGAGACCACUCAGUCACGAUCUGCCACAACGACAAGACGAAUCUUUGCAGAAAGACCUACCACAACAAGUGUGGAGACAACAGCCUCAACAGCCACGAUGACAGUUGUAACCACAGUGGCACCAACUGUCAGCGCACACCCAGAAAGUUCCACUAGUGAGUCCACUUCAUCGUCAUCUACUACAAUGGCGACAAGACAAAGCUCUACAGAAAGGUCUACCACGACGUGGGAGGCCACAACAACCUCAACUGCCACAACAGCACUUACAACCACUAUGGCACCAACAAAAAUGUCAAGUACUGAGUCUACUUCAUCAUCAUCAUCUACUACAACAAUGACAAGACAGAGCUCUACAGAAAGACCUAGCACAACUAGUGAGGCGACAACAACCUCAACUGCCACAACAGCACUUACAACCACCGUGGCUCCAACUGAGUCCACUUCAUCGUGUCCUACAACAAUGACGAAGGAAAACACCUCGGUGACACCGGUGACAAGAACUGUUGUGCUAAAUGUUAAGUUCCAGAGUUUAUCCCCUGUAAAUGCAACUGGUCUGCUACUUCAUCAGCUAUGUUCCAAAAUAAAUGUCAUGACAGCAAGUACUCUCGGUGUGAAAGUGACUUGGAGACAAAGGAGGAUAUCUCUGGACUGUGCUUCUCUAUAAGGAAUUGGCUUAGAAUUCACCAUCAUUUGGACAUCAUGGAUCACCAUGAAACAUCACUAGUGAGCUGAGCAAACCCUCAUGGUGGCCCUAUGGCUUUAACAGACAUCUUUAUGAUAGCCCAGUCUUGUCAGGACUAGAAUGUAUCCUUCACCUCGAUUCAACCAGGACAAUGCAAAGGAGGCGGAGCUAGACUGUGUGACCCUGAUAAUCUCCCAAUUGUGGAGCAGAAACACCGAGACUCAACGGGGGAAACCAUGAAAUAUUUCACGUGUGUCGGAAUUCU